AUGAUUCAAGACGGUCGAGGGCAGACGAUAAUCACAAAUGACGGAAAUACAAUGUUGAAGAGCAUGGCUGUUAUGCACCCCUCCGCGAAGAUGUUGGUAGAUCUCUCAGCAGCACAAGAUGUCGAAGCCGGAGACGGAACUACAUCAGUCGUGGUGAUUUGUGGAAGUUUAUUAGGAGCUGCAGACAGAUUACUUGGAAAGGGUAUACAUCCAUCUGUUAUUGCAGAGUCCUUCCAAAGAGCAGCAGCCGCCGCAGUUCAGGUUCUCCACGAUAUGUCACAUCCAGUUGCUCUCACAGAUACCACGACCCUCCUACAAGCCGCUACCACUUCCCUUUCCUCCAAAAUUGUUUCACAACACUCGAAUAUUCUCGCUCCUAUGGCUGUCAACGCUGUUACAAAGACUAUCGACAUCAAAACCGCCGAUAAUGUUGAUUUGAGAAAUAUCCGAAUAUUGAAGAAGGUUGGAGGUACGAUCGAAGAUACUGAGAUGGUAGAGGGAUUAGUGCUUGAUCAGCCAGUUCUCAAGAGCGGUGGUGGACCAGUCAGAAUGGAGAAGGCCAGAAUCGGACUCAUCCAGUUCCAGCUUUCGCCUCCCAAGCCAGAUAUGGAAAACCAAAUUGUCGUAAACGACUACCGACAGAUGGACAAGAUCUUGAAAGAAGAGCGAACAUACCUGCUGAACAUGGUCAAGAAGAUCAAGAAGGCAAAGUGUAACGUUCUCUUCAUCCAAAAAUCCAUUCUCCGCGAUGCUGUCAACGACCUCUCCCUCCACUUCCUCGCUAAACUCAACAUUCUCUGCAUCAAAGACAUCGAGCGUGACGAGGUUGAGUUUAUCUGCAAAUCCACUGGCUGUAAGCCAAUUGCCGAUAUCGACUCUUUCACCGAAGACAAGCUCGGCAGUGCUGAUCUGAUUGAGGAAGUCCAAAGCAGCGGAUCCAGAAUUGUCAAGGUCACAGGAACCAGGAGUGCAGGGAAGACCGUCAGUAUUGUAUGCAGAGGUGCCAACUCCCUGAUCCUGGAUGAGGCAGAGCGCAGUUUGCACGAUGCUCUCUGUGUUAUCCGCUGCUUGGUCAAGAAGAAGGCUUUAAUCGCUGGUGGUGGAGCUCCUGAGAUUGAAAUCGCUUCGCAACUCGCCAAGCAAUCACGCGCUCUCAAGGGAACCGAGGCUAUCUGCUGGAAGGCAUUUGCUGAUGCUAUGGAAGUUAUCCCAACGACUCUGGCCGAGAAUGCUGGUUUGAACAGCAUCAAGGUUGUCACAGAGCUGAGAUACAAGCAUGAGAAUGGCGAGAAGAAUGCCGGUGUCAGUAUCAAGAGCGGAGGUGUCAAGAUUGAUAUUGCGGACGAGAAUGUCUUGCAGCCGCUCUUGGUGAGCACAAGUGCAGUAGAAUUGGCUGCGGAGACGGUGAAGAUGAUUCUAAGGUAUGUUCUCUGUUCUGGAUGUGACGCAUAA